UAUUUGUUUAUUUUUACUUCAAUGGUUUACCAUAAUUCAAAAUAAAAAUAUAAAAUUUUCUUCUUGACAAUAGACAAAUUUAACAAUAAUUUUAAUAAAAUAUUGUGUUUGCAAAAUCGCUUUUUUUCUAAUUUUUAAUUGCGAACAUGAGCAAUUGUGGUAAAUAUGUAGAUCGUAAUCCCACAUUGCGGGCAGCUGGAAAAUGUUUUAUCUCGAAGGAGAAAGCUGAAGAUGCGCUCAAAAUAUACUCCACGGAAGAGGCAGCGGAAAAUAUAUUACACACUAAAUGUCGCCUCAGUAACAAGAAAAUAAGCAACGAUGUGUUCCCCUUCCAGCGAUAUAUACCAGAAGAAAACAUAAAGGAAUUGCUUAGUCCUGAAUUGAAAAAGAGCAGAUUUGUUGUUUUCCGUGAAAAAUUUGCCGAAAAUAUGUAUUUCAAGAAGGCCGAACUUGGUAAAGCUUUUCCAUUAGAUUCGAAACCAGAAAAUAUUACCAACGAUAAUACUACAUUUGGGGACACAACAAUGCGAUCCGAAUCAUUAUAUGAUCUCAUAUUACCAAGAAAGUCUCCAGAUGAAGUGAACCGCGAAUAUGUGCGUUGGCAUGAGAAGUAUGUUAUCAGUCAUGGGCAUUACUUACCUUCGGAGCAAAUAAGUCGACAUUACAAAAAACCGUUCGACAAGCAUAAUCACUUUGGUAUAAUUUACGAUGUGGACUUCAACGGAAAAUAUGUUAAAAGGGCAAUUCAACAAUGUGAUAAUCUGAUCGUUAUAAGUAAGGCGCAAAAACAAUAUCUUGAAAGGACUUUAGGACGUUUGGGGCGCAGCAUUUAUAGAGAAAAUCGUUAUAUAACACCCGAAAUGUCAUUCGGUGCACCCUCUGGCGCAGAUGAAUGCAAUGUGAAGGCUUUAAUGGAAAUACAAGAUCAGUGUGAACGAACGAGCCCACUGAUAACUGCAUUGGGACAUAUAAAUAAGGUUCGACAGAAACUAUUCGAACGCGCCGACUUUCAUAUGCUAGAUUUAAAACUGGCUUUGGAGAAUGGUGACAUUAACAAAACAGGACUAUUAACAUUGAAGCAAUUAUUCGACAUCUUGAGACGGGAGGGAGUCUAUUGUAAUUCGGAAAAGAUAACUACAGCGCUACGUCACUUCAAAUUGAUUGAAAACGAAGGCCUACCAACAGAAGGCGUCAAAUAUGAGGAGCUAUGGAAAUUGAUACAUGUACAAUACCCAAUACCAAAAACUGGUAAUAUAUCUAAAAUGCCACCGAAUAUUUAUAACAAAGACACCACCUACCGUCUACUGUGUCGAGAUCUAAACAAACCGCCAGUUGAAGCUGUACCAUUAAAACCCUUAGAUCCGGAGCAUGCAGAAGAACCCACAACUGUUAAAGAUGUUAUAUCUCCGGACAUUCCUAUGCAUUUUGGACUUGCACCAAGUGAUUUCGCAAAGUUGCGCCCCAAAGCGGAACUGCGACGUAUAUUUAAACGUUUACUAGAUGCAGAAAAAUUUGAUAACAUCUGGCAUACUGCGCAAGAUAAAUUAAAACGUGCAAACGAAUUGAUAUCAGUAGAUGAACUACGACAGGCUAUGAAUAGUCAUAAAGAUUAGCAUUACAAUUUGGUAUCUGAAAAUUCAAAUUACAACAAAGUAUUUAAAUUUCAUUAAAAAAAGUAAUCAACUUUCGAACUCAAGUAAUUUUUGACUGAUUAAAAUUUCUUUUGUGUCUGCUUUAAUUUAUAAAGAUUUAUGUGUGUAGAAAUUUGUAUGUAAGUAAAAAUUCUAGCUCUUAUCCUGAUAAAGUUUAGUGAAUAUACUUUUUUCAAAAUAUUUCUUGACUUGUACAAUAUCAGUUUUUUAACAUAAAAAGUUCACAUUAGGUCGCAAGCCUAUUGAAGCC